CAGAUAAACUACCGGAAGUAAAUGUCAGUCGGACUCGAAAGGGCGAAGCACCGGCUGAGUACAUGUGAGGUUUGUUGCUGAAAUAACUGAUGCUGCUCCUCACAUAUCAGUAGAUGUCUGGAUGGCUGUGUUUACUACAGGCUGCUGGUGUUUGCUGUUCUUACAGUGACUUUGGUUUUGUGGAUUCGGCGCAAUGCGGCGGCUUUACAUCGGUGGGUUGAACCACACGGUCACCCAGAAGGAUUUGAAGGACCGGUUUGGAAAGUUUGGAGAGGUUCUGGAUGUAGAGCUGCGGACCAGGAAGGAUGAGGAGGGUAUUCCUUACAAAACAUUCGCUUACAUUAACAUCAACAUUUCUGAAGCAGACCUGAAGAAAUGUAUGACGGUUCUUAAUAAAUCCAAAUGGAAAGGAGGAACUCUGCAGAUUGAAGCAGCCAAGGAGAGCUUCCUCCACAGGUUGGCUCAGGAGCGUCAGCAGGCAGCAGAUCAUCAUCUUCAAAGAUCUGAAACUGAAGCAAAGAAGCAGAAACUUCUGGAUUCAUGGAGCAAAGCUGGAGUCCAAAACUUUACCAUGAAGGCUGCGGUGCCGGGAUCUGAAGUACCAGGAUGUAAGGUUGGUUUGUCAGCUUCUUCCUGUUCCUGAUAAAUCUGCUGAGAUGUUCCUCAUCUAAAUAUGAAAACCUCUCAGAGUUUUCCUCUGUU